AUGUCGACUAUUCAAUACCACAAGUGUGCAGAAUCUUACGUGGACAGUUACUGUGUUUUGAAAUUGGGCAGCCGAGAUAUGAUUCGAUUCUUUAUAUCAUUUACAGGUCGUGAGUUUUUGAAUCCAUCUAUAGAACAUACCCAUCUGUGGAAUAUUAAUUGCAGCUUUAUGGUAGCUGAUUCUUACAGAAUGUCUGUGAGACAAUUAUCAAAACUGUUUUUUCAACCUGAAGCUAGUGUCGAUAAUUUCGGAAAAGAAUUUCAAAAAGAACUUAAUCGUCUUGAUAAAAACACUGCUUCCAACACAAUUUAA